AUGUAUGAUAACGACAACUACUUCUACAGCGAUGACAAUGACACUGACCUGCUGUACAAUUACAGCUACAAUCCAACCAACCUUGGGGAGCACUCCAACUCCAGUCUUCCCCAUUCUCACAUCUACCUGCCACUGCUUUAUUUCUUCAUGUUUUUCACAGGCUUCCUGGGAAACCUCUUUGUGAUCAUGGUCAUGGGCAGCAGGGGGAAGAGGGGUGGGCGUCUAGUGGAUACAUUUGUGGUUAAUCUGGCGCUGGCGGACCUGGUGUUUGUCCUCACCCUCCCACUGUGGGCCGUCUCCUCCAGUCAGGAGGGACACUGGCCUUUUGGGAACCUCCUCUGCAAACUCAGCAGCUACAUCAUCUCCGUCAACCGCUUCUCCAACAUCUUCUUCCUGACCUGUAUGAGCGUGGACCGUUACCUGGCCGUGGUGCGCCUCAUGGACUCCCGCUUCCUGCGCAGCAGCCAGUGUGUGCGUUUCACCUGCGCCGUUGUCUGGCUGCUAUCCCUGGCUCUGGGUACCCCCUCCCUGGUGUACCGUAGCGUACGUACCUCCAACGGUGAACCCUUCUGUCUGGAGGACGAAGAGUCGUCCUUCUUCCAGGGUCUGAGCCUGACCACGGUUUUCCUGACCUUCACCCUGCCAGUGUUCAUCAUCCUCCUCUGCUACAGCUCCCUCCUGGCCCGCCUGCGCCGACACUGUGUUGCCACGGGCAACCCCCAUGCGGAAGCCCGCCGCCGCCACUCUCUCAAAAUGGUCUUCACCAUCAUCGUGGCCUUCGUGGUGUCUUGGCUUCCCUUCAACAUCUUCAAGACCCUCCUAAUUGGUUUCAGGCUGUCUGGGGCCGAUCUGAGCAAUGAGACCCAGUCUGUCCUGAGUCAGGGCCUCACUCUCUCCUGCUGCUUGGCCUUCCUCAACAGCUGCGUGAACCCGGCCAUCUACCUGCUCCUGGACCACCACUUCAGACGGCAGGCGGAAAGCCUGUUUCUGAGCUGCGUGCGGAAGCGUGGGCUGCACCAGGGCUAUGCCUCGUCCACCGACUUCUCCUACAACGGCACCUCAGAGAGCUGUGGCACAACAGCCUCCAGAACUCAUUUCCAAUCGUUCGACCAGAAAGUCUGA